UGUAAUGUCAAAUGUGUCUGAUUCUUACUCCAAUAACACUGAUGUAUUGUUGUAUCAGAGUUUACUGGAAAGAGUGGUCCUCUGUGGUUUUUCCACGGUUCCAGCCUGUGUGUUUCUCUGCAUUAAUGGGACCAUGUUAUUUACUCUGAGAAGCAAACCAGUGUUUCGUGACACCUGCCGUUAUAUUCUUCUGUAUAACCUCCUACUUGCAGACACUGCUCACCUGGUAGUGAGUCAGCUUCUCUUUCUACUUGCUGUUUGUAGAGUAAGACUAACAUAUCCUGCAUGUGGUACCAUCACUACAAUUGCCAAUCUCACAGGAGGAAUCUCUCCUCUCACACUGGUAGUGAUGUCACUGGAGAGAUAUGUAGCUGUGUGCUUCCCACUGAGGCAUGCCUCCAUCAUUUCUACCAAAAACACAGCAGUGGCUAUUAUCGCAAGCUGGGCUAUUAGUUCCAUUAACAAUUUAACUCGGGGUCUUUUUUUAUUGGAAUAUUCUUUUGAAAAUAUGAGUAACCUCCUGAUGAAAGACUAUUGUUAUGACAUUACUUGGUUUAAGAGUACUCAGCGAGAUAACUAUGAUAAAGCUUACACUUGUUUAGUAUUUGUUUCAGCAGGUUUGGCAGUAAUUUAUUCCUACACUGGAGUUGUAGUAGCAGCCAGAUCAGCUUCUACAGACAAAGCAUCAGCUCAUAAGGCCCGUAAGACCCUGCUACUACAUCUGAUACAGCUAGGCCUCAGUCUGUCCUCAAUGAUUUAUUACCCUCUGCUCAUAGCUCUUGCAAGAACUCUUUCACGAUUAGUUUUUGUAUGGGUCCAGGAUGUUUUUUAUGUUUUCUUUGUCAUUUUACCCAGAUGUCUGAGUUCACUAGUUUAUGGUCUGAGAGAUCAGACCAUCAGACCUGUGCUACUGCAUUAUCUGUGUUGUCACUUCAGAUUCCCAGUUGAACCUGGCCUUGGCUGAAAAAAAAAUUGCUUGUGCAUUUUUGCUGGAGUAUGAAAAAAAUGUAAACAUCAAAGCAGUAUAUGAUGGCAUUGCUUGAAAUCAAUUAAGCAUUGUGUUAAAAUAUCAAUCCUCUGAUAACUAGGAAUCUACAGAGGUGGUUUUACCAUUAGGCAUAGGUCGGCGGCUUUGCUGCUAAAUGAGGCCAGUGGCUAGAAAUCCAUCACAUAGACACACAUAGUCAGUGAAGAACACGCUGACUCCACAUAAAAAGGCUGCAGCCAGGUGUAGAACCAGCAAUCAUCAAGUUGAAAGGCAACAUACUUUUAACCAAAUAACAGUGCUGCUAUAAUGUUUAUAUGUCAAAAAUGUGUAUAAUUUUCCACAUUUAGAAUUUGACAUGAUUGUCUGAGUUGUUAUUAGAAAGUUUGUCAAAGACUUUGGUGAAAAAGCAAAAGGAUUAAAGUAUGAGAGCUGUACAAUUAACUUUUAUCAGACCACUUUAUAAGUGCACCAUGUUAGUACUGUUUGAUGCAUUUUUGUCCUCAGAAUUUCCUCAAAGGUCCUAUAUUGUCCAAAAUCUACUUUUUCGAGCCUUUGACCGUGUUAUGUUGUUAUUUCCUCAUGAAAAACACUUCAAAGUGGAUUUUGGCUUUGCACAUGUUCCUGUCACAGCUUCUUCUUCCGUUCAACUUUGCUAAGCGUUUACAAGAGCAUGGAUGGGGUGUUGUUGUGUCAUCAUACCUCGCUCUUUAGGGCUGGACGUUAUAUAGAAAAAAAGCAUAUAGAUAAUUAUUAAAAAUAUUUUAAAAUAUAUGUAGAAAAUAUAUUUGCCCGCCAUAUAGACUCACCAAACUCAACUCCAAACCUCCAACAUCCUCAACGCUGAUUGACCUCAUUCUCACUAACAGUCCUUCUAUCAGACCGGAGUCUUCAGUCAAAUAAUUGACCACUGCUCUACAGCAUGUAUUUGCUCUAACUGCUCAAUUAAAUGGCCACCAGUGAUUGUGACCAAGCACUC